CCCGGCAUCAAUUGCACCCCAUCCAACAUUCGAUUACCCCUCAAUCCCAAGCCUUAACAGUGUACCAAGUCGGCGUGUGCCUUGCUCUUCUCGAGAAUCAAUUUCUGAAUCACUGAACCUUAGCAGCUGGCCGCCCAGAAGAUGGAUCGCCAAUCUGUGUAUUCUGUUUCUGUCUUCCAGAACAGCUCGGGCCCAAAUGAGGACACCCGGCUUCAGCUGCAAGAGCAGCUCAUCAACUUCAUUCUUCAGUUCAGGCACGAUAACAUCUUCGUAUACAGAGACCAGCUGCGCGAAAAUGCUCUAUUAAAAAAGUUCUAUUGCGAUGUUAAUAUUACCGACCUCAUCAAAUACAACGAAGAACUAGCACAUCGUCUGGUAACAGAGCCAGCUGAGAUUAUCCCACUCUUCGAAAAUGCAUUAAAAAAAUGUACCCACCGAAUCGUCUUUCCUCAUAACCCAGCCGCCGAGGUUCCAGAACACCAACUACUCCUGCACUCCACCGCUGAAGAUGUUUCAAUACGUAACUUGGACUCAGAGACCAUCGCACGCCUAGUUAGGGUGUCAGGUAUUGUGAUUGGUGCCUCUGUUAUGUCCUCUAAAGCCACCGAACUCAACAUCCAAUGUCGCAGCUGUUUACACACCCAGGCAGUUCCCAUUCUUGGGGGAUUCACGGGUGUCACUUUACCGCGCCAAUGCGGUAGGCAGCGUGCACCCAACGAUCCGGCCGAAAAGUGUCCGCUCGAUCCCUAUUUUGUUUUGCACGAAAAGUCCCGAUUCGUCGACCAACAGAUUAUCAAACUCCAAGAAGCACCUGACCAGGUGCCUGUCGGAGAACUGCCGAGACAUGUCUUGAUUUCGGCCGACCGCUACUUGACAAAUAGAGUAGUUCCUGGGUCAAGAUGCACUAUCAUGGGUAUCUUCUCCAUUUACCAGAGCAAAGGUUCGAAAAACUCGUCAACGGGUGGUGCUGUUGCCAUUCGAACCCCUUAUCUUCGAGCCGUCGGUAUUCAAACAGAUGUAGACUCAACUGCAAAGGGAAAUGCGAUUUUCUCGGAAGAAGAGGAGCAGGAGUUUCUUGAGCUCAGCAGGAGACCCGAUCUUUACAACGUAAUGACCGAUUGCAUCGCGCCCUCCAUUUACGGAAACAGGGAUAUCAAGAAAGCAAUCCUCUGCCUUUUGCUUGGCGGGUCCAAAAAGAUUCUUCCGGACGGUAUGAAACUCAGAGGUGAUAUCAACGUUCUGCUUCUUGGUGACCCAGGUACAGCAAAGUCGCAACUAUUAAAAUUCGUUGAAAAAGCCGCACCCAUAUCUAUCUACACUUCAGGUAAGGGUUCGUCAGCAGCUGGUUUGACCGCCUCGGUUCAACGCGACCAGUCGACCAGAGAGUUCUAUCUUGAAGGGGGUGCUAUGGUGCUCGCGGACGGCGGUGUUGUAUGUAUUGAUGAGUUCGACAAGAUGCGGGACGAGGAUCGAGUAGCCAUCCACGAAGCUAUGGAACAGCAGACAAUAUCGAUCGCCAAGGCGGGAAUUACUACAAUUCUCAACGCUCGAACGUCGGUUCUCGCUGCCGCCAACCCCAUCUUUGGACGAUAUGAUGACAUGAAGACACCUGGAGAAAACAUUGAUUUCCAGACAACAAUUUUAUCACGAUUUGACAUGAUUUUCAUCGUUAAAGAUGAGCAUACACGCGACAAGGAUGAGCGGAUAGCAAAGCACGUCAUGGGUAUCCAUAUGGGUGGGCGCGGUAUUGAAGAGCAGGUAGAAGGCGAGGUACCAGUAGAGAAAAUGCGGCGAUAUCUGUCUUACUGCAAGUCACGUUGCGCGCCUCGUCUUUCCGCCGAGGCUGCCGAAAAGCUCUCUUCACAUUUCGUGUCCAUCCGCAAGCAAGUGCACGCGUCUGAGAUUGAAGCAAACACGCGCUCCAGUAUUCCCAUCACAGUGCGUCAACUAGAAGCUAUUGUACGCAUUACCGAGGCGUUAGCUAAACUUACGCUUUCCCCCAUCGCAACGGAGCAGCACGUCGACGAGGCUAUCCGUCUGUUCCUGUGCAGUACCAUGGACGCAGUGAACCAGGGAUCCAACCAAGGUAGUCGUGAGCUCAAUGAAGAAGUAUCGCGCGUCGAAGCCGAGCUGAGGCGCAGACUCCCCAUCGGUUGGAGCACAAGUUUGGCGUCGCUGCGCCGCGAGAUGGUCGAGGGCAAGGGGUUCAGCGAGCAGAGCCUCAACAGAGCCCUGAUGAUAUUGCAGAGGAGGGACACGAUCAUGUUCAGAAAUCAAGGAUCACAGGUUUAUCGAAAUGGUGCUUAAGGGGUGCGUAUUGAGGAGGCUUGUAGGGCAACGUCAUUCAUGAAUAGAUGAACAAGUGGACUUGUAUGAUGUGGAGUGUUUACGUGGAGUUCGGGUCAAUUUGUUAUAAUACCUCUUGUUACGCAUUUGGGAUGAUGACAAUAGCAUGUCAUAUAAGGUCGAUGAGUUUAGUGCAUAAAGACAGUACUUAGAGAGAUAAUCCAGUUGUGUGCACACGGUGAGUCUGCGCCAUUGUCUACGGUUAAGGAGAUACAGGAUAUGUUGGUAGCA